AUGCUGUCAGGGCCUAGCGCCGUCAGUCAAGUUCAAGGGAAGGGUGAUUUUCGACAGAACAUUUUUGCGGUGGACAUGUUCGGUUCUGCGCGCCUGGCUUUGGCAGUGCUGCUUGUUAGCUCGGCGUCUGCUCAGCUUGCCAGCCAGCUUACAAAGGAGCAGCUGAAACCGCUGACAGUUUUCCGACAGCAGCAUCGGCGUCUGGCGUGUUGGUGCUCGUUUUGCACAUUUUUCCUCCUUGCAAUGAUGUUUGCAGGUGGAUGGCCGCCUGUGCGCGGCUGCUUUUGUGCAGGCGUGGCGAACCGCGCGUUCAGUCUGAGGGCGGGUUUGCUUUUGCUUGGUGUCAAGGACAAACGUGUCUACACUGGGUGCACAGACGCACGGCCCCAUGCAGCGCAAUGCUGUUGA